AUGUCCGAUCUCCAGCCUAGGCGUCUUCCUCCUUCCCCCGGCGACGCCUCACAUGCGCAAUUCAUGCGUUGGCGUGCCAAUGAACAGAACGACGAGGUAUCCAGUGCCGACGGAUCGAGGGCUUCUGGAUCGAGUGUCGAUGAACAGAGCAAUGAGGAAUUCAGCACCGACGAAUCGAGCGACGACGGAUGGAGGACUUUUGGAUUGAGUGCCGAUGAACAGAGCGAUGUGGAAUUCAGCGCCGACGAAUUGAGCGACGAUGGAUACUCCUUCACCCUCCAGGGCUGGACCUUCAAACGCUGGCGGAACGCCCUGCCGCUGGCCAUCUCCGCUCGCAUCCCGCUCGAGGUCUUCGAGAUCAUCAUCAACGCGAUGAAUCCCCCACAUUGA